AUGAAGUUAAAUGCUCGGAAGAAAUACAGCACCUUCAAAAAAGAAUUAUCCAAAACAGGUGGUGGGGCAAGACCAGCAACUCCUAAUGAUGGAAUAAUAUACAUUAAAAAUUUGCUGAAUCCUGCAGAGCUGUUGAGGGAUCAUAAUAUAUAUGAUUCGGAUGGGAUUAUCGAAAGUUCCUCAUCAAAUAAAGUUAUAUUGGCAACUACCAGCGAGACAUGUGACAACACAUUACAGGAUGUAAAACCAAUGACAUAUGUGGUCAAAUAUUUGGAUACAUAA